GAUAAUCGACUAUCUUACCUUGCUGAAUUUUCUUCACAUCACCAACUACACCCCUCUUUCCCUACACCUGGUUCUUUUAAACCAUGUCUCACACAACUCAAAACAUGUCCCAAGAAGAGCUUAUUGCUUCCAAUGCAGAAUUGAAGACUCAAGUUGAAUACUUGGCAAAAGAAGUGGCAAAGCUCGCUAAAUUCAAGAUGAGUAUGGUUCAAACUCCUGAAGAAAGUGAAGAUGAAGAUGAUGCUAGUUCUGUUGCUACCAUAAGAACUAGAAAUCCAGAGAAGUCAGCCUCUGAUUUCAAGGUUGACAUGCCCACUUUCGAAGGAAAGAACGACCCUGAUGACUUUCUUGAAUGUGCUUAUUACGGUCCGCCUUCUUUCUACCAAUCACCUAACCGCCCUCCGUACCAUCCACCUUACCACCCACAUCAGAACCCAUAUGAUGAUGACUUCCAAGUCAACAAUGGGUCAGACUACUAUCCCUACCAUGAGGAAACACCAUAUGAAACCCCGUCUAGGAACUUUGGAUAUUUUCCAUACCAAAAUUCUGAUGGGGAUAAUUAUUAUGAACCUCAUGGAGAUAACGAUGACUAUGACCAAUAUGGGCCAAUGCACGACAAUCAAUCUGAUCCACUCCUCGAAGAGAUCAUAAGAUUAGAACAGAAAAUCUUCUAUUUCGACGAGGUUUUAUUUGCUGAAGGUUCCUGGUACGAACCACCUUACUCCCGUGACUACACUUUGUUUGCUAAAGAACAAAUUGAAGCAAACAAGGUGGCAAUUCGAGAAAGAGCAAAACUUCUCGAAUCAGUCCGGAAGGAAAAGGAGUUCGAACGGAGAUUAUGCGAAGGAUCAGAUAUGAUGCAGAAAAUGCUGAAUGACUUUCAAAGAGAGAGACUAGAAGCUGAGGCUAAAGCUGAUAAAUUAGUCAAUGACCUCUGCAAGGCUGUUGAACUUAAACGCUCCCUCCAAUCUCAAGAUCAAUUGAGGGAGAUUAAUGUUCAAAAAGAGGCUCUAGAACCUAAGACCAACCCUGAACCCAUCAACCAACAGGUUCCAGUUCUAGAAGAUUCACCCAGUUCUAUACCAUCACAGAAACCCGAGAGCAUAACAACUCUCGCCAAGGCGAUUGUGGUGAUAUUACCUGAAUCCUUGCCUAGCCAAGUCCCAGCCAGUAUAGUCGUACAGAAGGUGGAACCAACUGAGGGACCUGACUCAGAACCACCUAUGCUUAUUCAAGAAAAGGAGGAGGAAGUUUUGCCUUUGGCAAUAAACAACCAUCUCCUUAAUUGUGUUCAAGACACACCUCCAGAGGAACCUGUUCUAGAGGAAGUAGAGCCCACUACCUCCCCCCAAGAUUCAAUUGAGUCCGAGCAGGAAUCUACAGACGAGGAAGUACGUUGCACUGAUGAACUAAUUUCAUCUAUAGAAACCUGCGCAACUAAUGAUUCAUCUGAAGCCUCAGACCAUACUUUCUUUGAUUCCCUACUUGAUGGGUAUGACUAUGUCUGCCCGAAGGAUGGUUGGAACUUAAAGAGUUGGGAUGAACUUCUAAUGAGUGACGACGAGGACUCUUCCUUGGGGGAGGAAAAAGCUUGCUCUAUGGUUACCCAUCGACAUCUUCAUCUUGGUCGCGUGAAGUGCCAUAUCCAUGGUAAUUGACAUAUGGAUGCUAAAAUCAUGGGCACGAUUGAAAUAGCAUUAAUUAGAUUUGGUUGACCAUAUAAAUGUUUAUUUACCCU